UGGGCGGCUUCCUCAAGCACUAGUCGAGGGGGAACUCUGUGAUCGCAAAGAAUAUGGUGGGGUAACUUUUCAGCGGAGCCUCGCCGCUGAGACGAACCCAACCCACCUCUGUUGCCGCCGCAAUCCGGAGGCAAGCGACGCCGCGCGCAUGAGCGCCUCAGUACCUUCAUAUUGCCGAGUGAACAACUGAAGGACGCUUUUGAUCAUACAAGUGCAUAAAAGAACAAUGAAAAAGACGCCGGGCAGUAGGGGCGGUGUGUCGCUGACCGUCCUGCUGCUGGGGAUCGCCGUCGUGCUCAGGUUCCCUCACUCUGCGGACGCUGCGGCAUGCAAAGGUUGUUCCACACCCCCAUGUCACUGCAAAGGAGACAAGGGACUACCGGGUGUCGUAGGUCUUCCGGGACUACCAGGGACAGUUGGUGAGCACGGCCCCAUUGGACCAGAAGGACCACCUGGGAGGCAAGGAGAACGUGGUAUACCUGGAGAACCAGGUGGCUUUGGGCCAAAAGGCAUUCGUGGUGAAGAUGGAGCAAAAGGGUUCCCCGGAAGGGCAGGUGCUCCGGGAAACCCGGGCGCUGAUGGAUUGAUCGGAGAACCAGGUCUUAUUGGAUGCAAUGGCAGCAAGGGAGAGGACGGCUAUGCCGGACGUGAUGGGCCCCCAGGUCGUCGAGGGCCAGACGGGCCUUCUGGAGCCGAAGGACAGAAGGGAGAACCUGGAGAUGGCGGCAUCAAUUCCCCUGGCACUCGAGGGGAGCCUGGUGAUGAGGGAAAGCCAGGUCAACCUGGCGUUCAAGGCACCUGGGGCUACCAUGGUAUUAAAGGCAUACGAGGAGAUGAGGGGGAAAUGGGCUGGCCUGGUUUAACAGGUAACGAGGGUCCAAAAGGUGAAAAAGGAGACGAAGUAUACGGUCCAAAAGGUCAAAAAGGAGAGCAGGGACACCCUGGACCUCGAGGACGUCAAGGGGAAGAGCAGAGCAAGAGUCCAGGGGUAACAGUCAGCACAAAGGGAGAUCCUGGCCCUAAAGGCGAAAAGGGUGCAAAAGGACAGCAAGGAUUUCGAGGGCGUGAUGGAAAAGCUGGAAUGAAAGGCGCACAGGGGCCGAAAGCAGAGAGAGGAGACAUAGGGGAGGCAGGACCAAGGGGAAAGAGAGGAAAGAUGGGAAAUGAAGGCCCUUCGGGGGAAAAAGGACAAAAAGGUGAACCUGGACUCACUGGACCUGAUGGACUAUCUGGAGCUAAGGGCUUGCGUGGUGACUCGGGCAGACCGGGAGAGUAUGGUGUACAAGGCCUUCCGGGGCCACCCGGUCGCAUUUUGCCUAGCUCACCAGCAGUACCAGGGCCAGCUGGGCCUCAAGGCGAGCCUGGCUUACCAGGUCCACUUGGCCCAAACGGCAAGGAUGGUCUUCCCGGUCCUAUGGGGUACAGAGGACUCGAAGGAGAACCAGGCCCUCCAGGAGAAGAUGGACCGCCUGGUCCACCCGGACUUCGUAUUAAGGGAGAACCAGGAGAAGAUGGACGUUCCGGAGAACCAGGGUUUCCUGGUUCAGGCGGUAUUCCUGGACCUCAGGGGCCUUCUGGUGAAAAAGGACAACAAGGUGCUACGGUCAUUGGCCCUCCAGGAGAAGAUGGCAGGCCUGGCAGGGAUGGUCUACCAGGUCAGCCUGGUCAACGAGGAGACCCUGGUCCCACGGGAGAUAAAGGCACUCCAGGCCAUGGUCACCGCAGGGUAGGUCCUCCAGGAGAUCCAGGGCAGCAAGGUCCACAAGGUGAACCAGGCAUUCCAGGACAACCGGGACCACCUGGGCAGCCAGGUUACACUGGUCCUAGAGGAGACGACUGUGGCUACUGUCCCCCAGGAUAUCCAGGGGCAGUAGGGGACCGAGGCGAUGAUGGCAGACCAGGACCACCUGGAGCUGUCGGCUUCCCUGGGCAUGUGGGGCAGCCAGGACCCAAGGGUGCCGGAGGUUUUCCAGGACCGGACGGUCUUGCGGGCUCCGCGGGCUUCCCUGGGCGUGAUGGCAUUGACGGUCUCAGGGGACCGAAAGGCUACAGAGGAGAAAUCAUCUUCUUGCCUUUCCCGAAUGGUACUAUCAAGGGCCAAAGAGGAGAUGACGGCGACGUUGGUCCACCAGGUCCACCAGGGAAAGAUGGGGACGAAGGUAUCGAGGGUCUUCCAGGAACAAUAGGGCUCAAAGGAGAAGAAGGAGUUGUCGGAGACCCCGGCCAGCGUGGACCAGAUGGGGCCCCUGGCCUUCCUGGUUACGAAGGACCAAAGGGAGAGGUGGGGGAAUCGUACACUGGGCCACCGGGUGAACACGGAAGAGACGGCGCAGAGGGUGCGCCAGGUGAUCAAGGAGACAGGGGAGAUGUGGGAGAUCCAGGAUUGCCAGAUAAUGGACCAGACUACCUCCUGGCAAAAGGACAGCGUGGUCCCAAAGGAGUGCCCGGAAAGACGGGAAACGACGGCCUACCAGGCUUUCCUGGAACUCCGGGACUGGAUGGCAAGCCUGGGUACCCAGGACCCAAAGGAGAACAUGGAGUUCCUGGAAUAUCAUUGAGCGGCCCAAAGGGAUUCAAGGGAUACCCUGGUGUGGUAGGAGAACGUGGUGUGCUUGGCUUUCCGGGACCAAAAGGGGAAGAGGGUAACCCGGGAACUCACGGACAACCCGGAUAUAAGGGUGAAAGAGGACCUCCAGGCUUUGGAAGAGGUGAUGGCCCACCGGGCCCAUCAGGAUUGCUGGGACCGAGAGGAGAGAGAGGCGAACCCGGGUUCCCUGGGUUCGCAGGCUCAAUUGGACUGCCAGGUCUUGGUGGACCGAAGGGCCAAAGGGGUGACGAUGGGUUCCCGGGACGCCCCGGAUUUCCAGGAGAGGUAGGAGAUCCCGGCGAUGCUGGAGUCGGAACAUAUGGCCCUCGAGGAUUUCCAGGAGACAAAGGAGCAAAAGGUGAACGAGGUGAUCCAGGAACUCCCGGAGUGAAUGGCUACCCCGGUGCACCGGGACCCAAGGGUGAAACUGGAGACAACGGUUGGCCCGGAGCACAAGGGAUACCAGGUCUACCUGGACCAAAGGGGUUUCCCGGUAUUCCCGGGGGAAUCGGGACUUCAGGCAGGAGGGGACGGAAAGGAGAACGUGGAAACGACGGACCAGACGGACCUGCAGGGAUUGAUGGCAACCCGGGCUUCCCCGGCCUUGUUGGCUACAAAGGAGAAGCUGGAGACCCAGGUUGGCCAGGUCUUCCAGGCAGCCAAGGGCUACCUGGGCCUCCAGGCCCUCAAGGCGAGAAAGGAUUUCCCGGGUACCCAGGUGAAAAAGGGCUGUCUUUUCUAAGAGGAACAAGAGGAGAUGACGGAGAACCAGGGCGUGAUGGUCCGGAUGGCCCACCAGGACAACCAGGAUAUCCUGGAAUUCCUGGUGUCAAAGGCGAGCAAGGACUGCCUGGACAAGUGUAUGGAGGAGGACCCGGUGCCAAGGGUGAAAGGGGUGAUGAAGGAUUCCCGGGACGUCCCGGGUACCAAGGUGUCAAAGGUGAAAAGGGUAACCCUGGGUCCUCAGGACCCAAGGGGUGGCCAGGAGACAAAGGCUUCCCUGGUCUUCCUGGACUGGAUGGCCGCGAUGGAUUUCCAGGCCUCCCUGGCCCCAGAGGCCGUGAUGGAACCCCUGGGUUUGAUGGCCUACCAGGCUUGAAAGGAGAACAAGGCUUCCCGGGACUUGAUGGGCCAGCUGGACGGGCUGGACCUCACGGUGUCCCAGGAUUCCCAGGUCUUGACGGUUUUAAAGGACUAAAAGGAGAUAGAGGUCUUCCUGGCUUCCCUGGGAUUUCCUCAGCUGAAGUUAGCAGGGGGGAUGACGGUGACCCUGGGUAUCCAGGAAUCCCAGGAGCCAAGGGAGAACAAGGAAGUACUGGACUGCCAGGCUUUGAUGGUCCUCCAGGGGGAGUUGGGCCUGCUGGAGACACCGGGAGACAAGGUCCACCAGGUUUCAGAGGACCAAAAGGAUAUCCGGGAGGUCCAGGGCCUGUAGGACCCAAGGGCCUGCCAAGUAGAGACUAUCACUACUAUCGUGGUCCUAGAGGAGAGAAUGGCACAGAUGGACUUCCAGGUCUGCACGGACGACCUGGAGCAAAAGGUCUACCAGGCGAACCUGGUUGGCCAGGACUUGACGGGCCUAUUGGUCUUCCUGGGUAUGCAACUCAAGGGCCAAAGGGAGAGAGGGGUGACCCUGGCUAUGAUGGAUUCCCUGGAAAUGAUGGGCAGAAAGGCUCUACAGGAGAGUCUGGCUUUCCUGGCGUAGUCGGUUUCCGAGGGCUCCCGGGUGAGCAAGGAGAACCUGGAUUCUCAGGGGUGCCAGGCCAACCAGGUCAACCAGGUCUUCAGGGAGCAGAUGGUCUUGAUGGUGGAAGAGGGCCCAAAGGAGACAGAGGACAGGACGGAUAUGAUGGCAUUCCAGGACUCAAAGGACAGAAGGGAGAGUAUGGGCUACAAGGAAGAGAUGGUUUUCCUGGACUAGACGGCCUACCAGGCCCAAAAGGAUUUGAGGGAGACCCAGCCCCUAUCCCAGACCCUCUAACUUAUGUAGGGCCUCAAGGUGAACCCGGAGUGCCAGGUUUCGAUGGCCGCCCAGGCCCACCUGGGGAAAUGGGAUACCCUGGCCGUAAUGGAAGUGCAGGCCUACCAGGCGACCCGGGCUAUCGAGGAAUUGAUGGUCCUAGAGGACCCUCUGGACUGAAGGGCUUGCCAGGAGAACCAGGCACACAGGGGCGAGAGGGAUUCGCCGGCAAGCCAGGAACACACGGCCUAAAGGGAACACACGGUGCUCCGGGUGGGCCGGCACGUUCCCGGGGGUACUUCUUCACAAGGCACAGCCAAACGUCUCGCAUUCCGGACUGUCCCAGAGGGACUAGCAGAAUGUGGUCUGGUUACUCCCUUCUCUAUUUCCUUGGAGAUGAAAAAGCCCAUGGCCAGGACCUGGGUAGUGCCGGUAGUUGCCUUAGAAGGUUUAGCCCAAUGCCUUUCCUAUUCUGCAGCUUGAACAAUGUCUGCAAUUUUGCAUCGAGAAACGAUUAUAGUUACUGGCUAAGUACGCCAGAACCAAUGCCUAUGGCGAUGACACCAAUUGUAGGAAGGGACAUCCAGAAGUACAUCAGCCGAUGCAGCGUCUGUGAAUCCACAACACAGGUUAUUGCAUUACAUAGCCAGACCAUAGAAAUCCCAGAGUGCCCUCAAGGCUGGAAUGGACUCUGGAUGGGUUACAGCUUCUUCAUGAACACUGACUCCGGGGCGGAAGGAAGUGGCCAGCCGCUAGUGUCUCCAGGUUCCUGCUUGGAAGACUUCCGACCAAACCCGUUCAUAGAAUGCCACGGCCACGGGCGGUGUAACUACUACACUACUGCCUACAGUUACUGGCUCGCCACCAUCGAGCGCAGGGACAUGUUCCGAGCUCCAGAUCCUCAGACCCUCAAGGCGGGUGACCUGAGGACGCGCGUCUCCCGGUGCAGAGUUUGCAUUAGGCAGGUCAUAACCCGAUAAGUACCGCCUGGAUGACAUCCCGCGCUUUACGGGCUGGUGCAAAGGCUUCAUUUCAUUAACUGUGGUCAUCUCAUGUGCUUGUGCUGGUUUUCCGGCCACCAACAGCUGAUAGGAUGAAUAUUGUGUUUCGCUGCGUAAACUCUGUGUCUUAUUUAGGAUACUUUUGUGCAUUUUGUGACAUAAAUUUCCCUGUCGUCCUAAUCUAAAUGUGCAGCUGACAAAAGAGCAACAAAAAAAUAGAGAAAUUACUAAUUUUGCACCGUCAACAAUGUUGUUCAGAUGACUUUCAUCACUGAAGUAGUAACAUGCUUCUAACACAUACAUACUAGUCAUACUUUGGUAAGAGAAAAGCUUCUCCGCAAGCACUUUGAUGACAUAACACUGGACCAUAUUGCAAAUAAACAGAAGUUGUAAUUGUACAUAUGGACUUUAUAACUGUACGUGAAAUUGUAAAUGAUGCCGACGCACAUUUACAGAGUUUGCUUCUUAUGUCCUUCUGCAAGGUACUGUUAAGUGCUAUGCAACCAGCUGUGUAAAUUUAAACCUAGCAUAAGCCUUUGCUAACAAUGAGAGAGAACAUCACAUGUUCCUUGUUUGCAAAGAGCACAUGUUCCUUGUUUGCAAAGAGGUGUGCACCAUUGUGCAUCCUUCUGCCACUGCCUACGACACCAACACUGCCAAUGUUACUCCAUGCUGAUGCACUCAACAUAAUGCAGACAUGGAUUAUUAUGUCGGGCAAUGCCUCGUUGUUUUCCUGCACUGUAUAGACACAUUCGAUGUCUUUGUUAAUAAAUCUUUGUUCUAAUUGC